CACUGAGCUAGACGCACAGAGCUAUCCCACUAAAUCGUGUACUGAUGUGUAUUUAAUGCCACACAAUUCUCUCACUUGCUCACAAUGACCAAAGUUAUUGAGCCUUCAAUGGACUCUAGGCUGUCCACGAGUUUGCUUCCAAAAUACGAGGAUAUUAUGGAGUACCAUAAUAAUUGGGCGGAUGUUGACAACUUUUUAUACCCUGACAACACGCCAUACGAAACCAGCAUCAUCAACAUCCUGGGCGACAACCUGAGGGGGUCACCUGGCUCCCCCAUGGGCACGCCUGACUCACCUGUAGCCCCAGGCUCAGUCAGCAGCCACAGCGCCUACUCCAGCCCCUACAGCCCCCAACACGCCCCCAUGUCAGUGGGCAGCCCCGGCUCCUCAAGUCAGGCAAGCAGCCUCAGCCCUGCACCACGUGACAGCAUCUACGACGAGCUGCUGGACCUGGACUUUAUCCUGAACAACACAGCCGAGAACAGCAUGUACGAGGACGGCUCCCCCUGCGCUAAGAUCAAGCAAGAGCCCAACCACUCUAGUGAGGGACUUCCCGAUUUUUCUUCCACGUUUUUGGAUAUUCCCGAAAUAAAGUUUGACGAUGACAUAAACAAUAACAUGAUGAUGGCUGGAUGCAACAUGAUGUCCAACAUCCUCUCAGGCAGCUCAAACAUCAACUCAUCCAUCUCGCCCAUGUCCAAACCCAUGAUGCAAUCCCAGCACAACAACAACAACGCCAUCCCAGAGUUCAAGAUUCCAAAACACGAGUUCCCUCCCAUGCCCCAGUCAUGUACCUCCUACAGGGGUACUCUGACAGUCAUUCCAGCCAACCAACUCCCUCCCCAGAACACCCACAUGGUUUUCCCCAUGCACGGGAACCACCUGUCUCCCCCCUCCUCCCCUGAGAACCAGGACACCGGCAUGCACAAGAUGAACCAGGUACCCCCCAUGUUCCCCAUGGGCCACCCCCACCAGCAGAUGGUGAUGAGACCCCAGCACAUGAUGCCCAAAAUGCCCCCUCACCACCCAUCCCACCUUGGCCCUCACCAAGUCCCUCAUCAGAUGAUCACCCCUCCCUCCUCCCCUCAGCUGGACCACCUCCUCAUGCCCUCCUCCCAGAUGGACCCUGCCCAGCCAAAGAAGCGCGGUCGCCGCACCUGGGGCCGCAAGCGUCAGACUAACCACUCGUGCUCCCACCCCGGGUGUAACAAGACCUACACGAAGAGCUCGCACCUGAAGGCCCACCUGCGCACACACACCGGCGAGAAGCCUUACCACUGCACGUGGAAGGGAUGCGGAUGGAAGUUUGCCCGCUCAGACGAGCUGACCAGGCACUACAGGAAACACACCGGUGACCGGCCAUUCCAGUGCCACCUGUGCGAGCGUGCUUUCUCCCGCAGUGACCACCUGUCUCUACACAUGAAGAGACACAUCUGAACUGACCUUUGAACUGUUGGAGUGCAAAUGUGCCAGAUCUCCUUCACGCUGAACCACCAGCAUCCCAACUGAGACCCUCAGAUGUAUAUUUAGCUUUACUUACAGUCGUUUGUGUAACAGAUUGUUUCUGUGUUGAAAUUUGGCUUUGAUUUUGUUGGACUCCGCUUUAGUUUUCGACGCGGAGCUCCGGCAGUCAAGCGUAAGAUGGCUCUAAGCUAGGCAGACUUGUUCUGUUGCCCUAUGUACGCAGGCUUGUCUUCUCUACAGGUCCUGCUACUGGGGCGAAGUUUGUCUAGUUGCCUGACUUGUCACAUGACGACUUUUGGGUCGAAAGGUUUCUUUGUAUUCUUUGUACCAUGGCUGACAUGCCACAUUGGCCACCACAGGGUGUAUUUUGUUUUGUCAAUUUUGGCCGGACCAAUUUUCAUUUUGCCAUUAAUUUAUUUGUUCACUUGCCAGUUAGGCUGGUCCUAGCUGGCAGAAGUUAACUGCACAAAUUGUGCCUGAUCACGUGGUGCCAAACUCUUUGAAUACAGCCUUCACCUUGCUGGGUCUCCAGACGAUUGAGCUGGCCCAGCCGCGUUCAGGAGCUCAGCAGAGGUGAAAGGUCGCUCCCAUUUUUUUUGUACAUACGUUUUUCAUUUGGUUAGCUCUUUUUAGUUUGCUUCUUACGCCUUUCAAUGACCAGAUUAUCUCUCACAUUGUUAUGUUAUUACCAUUUUAACUAUUUUUCAAUGAAACAAUUUGACAUUGUUCACAAAUAUAAAAUUACAAUGUAGCCUCCUUAAUUGGUACCUGCAUUAUACUGCAUAUUAUCAGCCUCGAACUGUUAAUUGAAAUUUAUUUGGCCAACUUUAUAACAAAAUUUGUAAUGCAUAUCCAUCAAAAUCUGAUACACUGAUUUUUACUGCACAUCUUAUGCUAGACUACAAUAAUUUUACCAAAUGUACUUGUUUUACAACAUAAGGGCACUAAAAUGCUAGUUUAUAUUUCAUAUUUAAAAUUCAAUACUAUUGUAUUCUUAGCCUGCUAGCGGCAGACGUCUGCCUCGUUUUAAAUUGAGACCAACUGUGUUGGCGAUGAUGUAACUUGUAACUAUUGUAACAACACUACACAAGUAUUUCAAACAGUAACUAUUUUAACUGUAGUUCCUAGACCACCUUAUUGUUACUAACAUGUUUCUUUACCAGUAUUUUGUGUGUGUGGAACAAGCUUGACCAGGGGUCAGUCUUGACCUCGAACACGUUUUCUUCCUACUGUCCAAUGGGCGUCUGUGUUUGUGUGACGUGUGCCAAUUUUUUACUCACUGUAAAAAAAAAAACAACCAACGAUUGUCGAUCUAUAACUGCUAUAAGUGCCAUUGAUAUGCAUGCUAGAUCAGCUGAGCUGUACUAGAUGCAUAAAGUUGCGGACGUGCAAGAAACGCAUCACUUGUAUACACUGCAUGUGUCGUUUGGAAUGCAUGCCAUAUUUUUUGUGAUGAUUCGACUUGCCUUAUUUGAUUCUUGUCACGUGAAUCAGGCACCUGUGUUUACCUUGAUGAAACUUUAUUAGUUUACCCCGGUACUGGCUACCAUUUUUUUUUUAGUUCAAUACUCAAACUAGAUAGGUAGCUAUCGUUUUAAAACCCUAAAAUAUAACGCGCAGCAGUGCUGCUAAAUCUGGUCCUAUUCAUUUUAUUUUAAAUGUGUUUUUUUUUUGUUGAAAAAAAUCUGGUCUAUUUUUUUUUCAAAAAAAAAUUAAUAAAUGUGAUUAUUGAAACUUGUUAAUGAAAGUGAUACAAAUUAAGUUGCUUCGCUGGUAUUCGUUCACAUUUUCCUAAGUAAAUAAUAAACGAAGUCUUCCAAUAUUGAACGGGUUGUAAGCACUGUCUUCAAAGUUAUACCCAAUUAUCUUCCUAUUGAUAAUCUAAAAUAAAUUAAUUUACAUAAUUUCCAAAGAUUCGCGACUAUGGUUGCCUUUACAGAUCCCAAACAAUGUCCUCAAGUUUUUAUUAAUUCAAACUUAUAAAAUAUCUCUAGUUUUUUUGUUGUUUUUUUUUUUAAAAGAUUUACAAUUUUUAAAAUUAAAAUGUCCAAUUAGACCCAGCCAACGAUGAAAAAGUAAUUUGUUACUGUUUAUGAACCUUUAUUAUAAUAACUUGUUAGUUAUCUUCUCUUGUUAUUUGUUCAUUAUCUCUCAACGGUGCUGUAUAACAGGAAAAAUAUUGUUCAUUAUUUUGUUACAUCUGAACGAUGGUCACAUAUUGCCAAUUUUUAAAAUUUUGUUUCAUUUACUGAUGUAGCCAUGUUUUUAACUGAUUUUGCUAGUCAUUCAUUCUGGUGCCAUAAGUCUUCAGCAUAAAACAGCGGCGCGGGCGCUUUCUUUACUUGCUUUUAUCGAUGCUAUUAUAUGAGAAUAAAAUGAUGAAUAGAACA